GAUUGGCUGACCCCGGUCCAAUCAGCGGCGGCUGUUGUCCGUUCUCUUCCGUACAUUCUCAGAGGGAUCGAGCUCUCACACACAGCGGAGCACGGACCAGUUUCCUGUCUGAACAGUUUGGCUCCCGACCAGCCCUCUGCACCGGCCCGCUGACAUCGGUGUACCCGAGGAUCUGCACCGGCCCCCUUCCCCUCCCCAGAUGUGGAGGGAGUUGACGUCUGCAGCAGCCGUGUACACAACUCUUGUGCUGUCCAGUGAAGUUGCCCACCAUGCGUGAGUACAAGCUAGUGGUGCUGGGAUCCGGAGGUGUGGGGAAAUCAGCACUGACAGUGCAGUUCGUGCAGGGCAUUUUUGUGGAGAAGUAUGACCCCACAAUAGAAGACUCCUACAGAAAGCAAGUUGAGGUGGACGGGCAGCAAUGUAUGCUCGAAAUCUUGGACACGGCUGGAACAGAGCAGUUCACAGCGAUGAGGGACCUGUACAUGAAGAACGGCCAAGGCUUUGCUUUGGUUUACUCCAUCACAGCGCAGUCGACGUUCAAUGACCUACAGGACCUCCGGGAACAGAUCCUGCGAGUUAAAGAUACUGAGGACGUUCCCAUGAUCCUGGUGGGGAACAAGUGCGACCUGGAGGACGAGCGUGUGGUCGGCAAGGAGCAGGGUCGGAACCUGGCCCGUCAGUGGAGCAACUGUGCCUUUUUAGAGACCUCAGCUAAAUCAAAGAUCAACGUUAAUGAGAUUUUCUAUGAUCUGGUGCGACAGAUCAACUCUAAAACGCCGUUGGACAAGAAGAAGACAAAAAAGAAGGGCGGCUGCACGCUGCUCUGAAACAGCCUCCCACUGUCGCUCAAGGCCAGAAACCGUAAUGAUUAAGUGUUUCCCAGUGGAUGGUGCCAGCAUUCCAAGUCCUCUCCAGAACAUUUGAAACAGGCUGACAGAGAUACACUCGCAAAAAUGGCAGGAGACGGCACAUACUGUCACGAUCUUCUUCUCUGCUUUUUAAUGGCAAAGAAAUCUGACUCUUUUUUUUUUCUUUUUUUUUUUGUAUUGUCAGCCUGAUGACAACUGUUUUUGUCGUCAUCUUUUUUUGUGUGUCUUUUCUUCUCCAAGGUGUCUUUCUUUUGGAAAUAUCAGUUUAAAAGAAGAGACCGUGGGUUUAAAAUCCAUAUAUGGGAACUAAAAAUGUUUUUAUUAAAAGUAAUAACAGUCUUUGGCAUAUUGUGACAAUACGUCUGCAGAAGAAAUCAUGUGAAACGUUCGCCCUCUCGGCCUUCUCGUACUUUUCUGCACUAAUGGUGUCGACAAAGAUGCGUCAUUGUCCACGAGUUACUCGCUCCUACUCACAGGGAUGUGUAUUGAUGAAAUAACAUCUUUCCUAAGUGACUUUGUUUUAUAUUGAGAGCUGUAAAGCCUUCCAUAUUUCCCAUAAUAUAUUCUACUUCCAUUUUUGCAUAAUAAAGCUAAGGAAAUUAGUAUUUUAUAGACUGAUGGGGGGAAAUGGUUUGUUCUGAUUUGUGUCUUGAGGCUGAAAGUGUAUUGUACUAAACCAACUCUAAUAUUGCUUCUUGCGUUUCCCUGUCACAGAUGAUUUUCCAGCUUUUAUGAAUGAUUAAAUUUUAGUACAUUUUCA